UGAUAAACGGGCCAACUCGAUGAGGUCGCAACCUCUGCGCUGUCGACGAUGUUCUCAUAUUUCGCUCAUCGCAAAGCCUGGUGCCGCCGCGAAGAGAAAGGAACGCGAGGAGCGCAUUGCGAGCUUGUCGACCAUCUACCAUGCGCCUUUGUCGUCUGCCGAUAAGAGCAUCCUUGGACAGCCUGCCUCGCAAAUCGUCGCAGGCGUCCAGGGCGGCACAUUCAACCCAUCCGACGUGCUCGUCGCGUACAGCAAGAAGGCGCUGAAGGCACACCAAGCAACAAAUUGCCUCACGGAAAUUCUCAUACCCACGGCGGAGGCUUGGGCGAAGGAAUGCAACACUCAAGGCCCGCUCGCAGGCAUGCCUGUCAGUCUGAAGGACACCGUCGCGGUGCCAGGCUUUGACAGCUGUAUUGGCUAUUCUGCGUGGGUCGGCAAGCCGCUUCAGAAGGAGGCGGCCCUGGUGAGGCUGUUGCGUGAUGCGGGCGCGGUGCCCUUCGUGAAGACGAAUGUACCGAUUACGCUUCUUUCACUUGAGUCUGCGAACGAUGUCUUUGGGACGACAACGAACCCGCAUAACAAGAACUACACGCCAGGAGGGUCUAGUGGAGGUGAGGGUGCCCUCCUUGCUUACGGAGGGUCUCGCCUUGGGAUCGGCACGGACGUUGCUGGCUCUGUGCGAGCGCCAGCCCACUACUCCGGUAUCUACACGAUCAAAGCCUCCAUGAACCGCUUCCUGAAGACAGGCAACCCGACCAGUAUGCCCGGACAGGAAGGCAUACCAGCUGUCUAUUCGCCUAUGACGCGCACGCUGGAGGACCUGGAGACCUUCUGGAGGGCGAUCGUAGGCAUGAAACCCUGGGACUAUGAUCAUUCGUGCCUGCCGAUCCCAUGGCGCGAGAUUAAACUCUCACAAGCGAAAUCAAUCAAAUGGGGCAUCAUGUGGGACGAUGGUGUUGUGACACCGUCUCCGGCCUGCCGCCGCGCGCUUCAAGAAGUUGUAUCUGUGCUCCAGGCCGACGGGCACGAGGUCGUCACCAUUGAUCCCCCGAGCCCAUACGAAGGGCUGAAGAUCGCCUCACAGCUGCUUCUCGCUGACGGCGGCAAGACAUGCACGAAGCCGAUCCGCACCGGCGAGACGAACGAUCCAGGCAUGCAACAAGCGCUCGCGAUGUUCCGCACACCGCGCUUCCUCAGGCUGCUGUACGCCUGGUACCUACGGCACAUCCGCGGAGACGAGAUCUACGCGGGCCUCGUCGAAGGAUGGUACGAGAAGACCGUGCCAGAGUACCUCGCGCUCGUGGCGCAGCGGGAGGCAUACCGCGAGCGGUGGUUCGCAUUCAUGCACGAGCAGGCGCUGGAUUUCGUGCUGACCGUGCCGAAUUCGCUGCCGGCGGUCCCGCAUGGCGGCAUGAAGGAGGGGUGGAAGGCGUGCGGGUAUACAUUUUUGUUCAACCUGCUUGACUACUCCGCAGGCGUCCUCCCGAUUACCCAUGUCGAUGCUAAGCUGGACGCGCUGCAAGCUACCUUCAAGCCGAAGAACGCUAUUGAGGCCGGCUCCUACCGCGUGUACAAUGCGGAGAAGAUGCACGGUCUGCCUGUUGGUGUGCAGGUUGUUGGAAAACGUCUUGAGGAAGAGAAGGUACUGGAGGGAAUGAAGCUUAUUGAAAGACUGCUUAAAAUGGAAGGCAAGGCGUAUGUUCAGCUUGAAGUUGGCGAUUGAGCAGCUAUGCGGUGAUGUAUUCGAUGGCGCAGAUGUCUAUGUCAAUGUUAUUCGGGAUUUGAGUAACUCCAACUUCGAGCUUAUCCAAGUCGCCUGCUG